AUGGCGUGGGAAGAGCCGAGAAAGACGGGCAUGCAGUACCGCCGCCUGGGCAACUCUGGACUGCAUGUAUCAGUCCUGGGUUUGGGCGAGAAGACGUUUGCGUGUAUGAAGCAGGCUUACGACCUUGGUGUUAACUUCUUCGAUACGGCCGAGAGCUACGCAGGGGGGAACUCGGAGAUCAUCAUGGGCCAGGCCAUCAACAAGUUCGGAUGGAACCGCAACGACAUUGUCGUCAGUACAAAGCUCAAUUGGGGCGGCGCCAACGGCGAAGUCCUUGUCAACAACCACGGUCUCUCGCGAAAGCACAUCAUCGAGGGCCUUCGCGCCUCCCUCAAGCGCCUCAAUCUCGAGUAUGUCGACAUCGUCUACGCCCACCGGCCCGACCGCCUGACGCCUAUGGAGGAGACGGUGCGCGCCUUCAACCAUGUCAUCGACAAGGGCUGGGCCAUGUACUGGGGUACGUCGGAGUGGAGCGCCGACGAGAUUGCCGAGGCGUGUGGCAUCGCCAAGGACCUCAAGAUGAUCCCGCCUGUCGUUGAGCAGCCCCAGUACAACAUCCUGGAGCGCCGCAAGGUUGAAUACGAGUUCCAGAGGCUAUACCAGCGCUUCGGUCUUGGCCUCACCGUCUUCAGCCCCAUCAAGAUGGGCCUGCUGAGUGGCAAGUACAACGACAACCCGGACGCACCGCCGGCGGGCAGCCGCUUCGCAGAGGGCACGGGUGACAAGUUUGUCAACUGGGCCAACAAGGAAUGGUACGGCAACGACGAGUGGAAGGCCAUGAUCCAGAACGUUGUCAAGCUCAAGGGUAUUGCAGAGAAGCUUGGCGCCACGCAGUCCCAGCUGGCCCUUGCUUGGUGCUUGAAGAACCCCAACGUCACUUCCGUGAUCACGGGUGCCUCGAGGCCGGAGCAAAUCGUCGAAAACGUCGGUGCACUGAAGGUUCUGGAGAAGCUGACGCCUGAGGUUAUGGCUGAGGUUGACGCCGUUGUAGGUGAGAUCAAGCUCGACCCGGCGAGACAGGAUUAG